CCACUCCCAGAACUCAGAGGGAAGCCAUAGCUGCUGGGGUGCGGGAGAGCAGCAGGCUUUCCUACUGCCCCCCUUCCCCGGAAUGUAGCCUCCAGCCCCCAGGCAGGGCUGGGGUACAACUCAGAGACAGCUGAACUUGGCAUCGGUGUCGGGGAGGCAAGAGAUCCUGGACCUUGCUUUGGGGCCUAUGGGAAGCAACCAGACCCAGGGACAGUGAAGAGGGGUAGACCUCGCCAAGAGACAGAGAUGGAGCCAGGCUGCUGGUGGGUCCUCUGGGGUCUUCAGGUCCAACUGCCCUCCAGUCGGGCAGGUGAGACACCUGCACUGCUUCCUGCGUCUGGGCGGCAGGCCCCUCCGAGCUGCCAGGUUGGCCUGUCCUUUCCCAGUAGGGCCCAGACAGCCCCCAUCCCACUGUGGGGACACAGCUCUGGCUGGUCACUAUGCCCCACCUGAGAGUCCUUGGGGCACAGUGAGUCCUGCUGGGUCAGCAAGGUCCCAGCCCAGGCCGCCCUGCUUCCUGCCCCCACAGCAGCCCCAGCAUUUCGCAGCAAAUACGAUUAUCUGGAUCAUCUUUAUGGGGCUUAAGCUUAGGUGGGAGCAGAUGCGGUAUGAAGAGGGGAUUUGGGGCUGUGUAUCCACUGUCCCCACGUCUGUCUUUUAAAAAGCCUUGCCUGGCACAGGCCUGGGCCAGAGGCUAGCAGAGAAGUGGAUCGGGCUCAGGAAGCAGGAACAAAGAUGGACCAGGAAGAGGGGGUAGACAGGGGCUCAGCUCCCUGCAUCAAGGCAGGCUCCCCAGACCAAGAAGGCUUCUUCAACCUGCUGAGCCACGUGCAGGGCGACCGAAUGGAGGAGCAGCGUUGCCCACUGCAGGCAGGGCCUGACACCGCCUCCAAGAAUGAGAGUGGUCCUGUGCCGGAGAUGGACAGUCUUAUGGACAUGCUGGCCAACACCCAGGGUCAUCGCAUGGAUGACCAGCGUGUGACAGUCAGCAACCUGCCUGGCUUCCAGCCUGUGGGCCCCAAGGACGGAGUGCAGAAACGAGCUGGGACCCUCAGCCCCCAACCCCUCCUCACCCCUCAGGACCCAUCUGCUCUCAGCUUCCGUCGGAACAGCAGCCCCCAGCCCCAGACACAAGCCCCCUGAAGGCUGGGGCCCUCUUGUGCCCUACUUGUGCCCCCCCGCCCCAAAGCAGACAAUAAAACACUUCCAUGGGA